CCGGCACACAAGCCGGAACACACGUUUCACAGCCAUCGCAGGCAGCAGCUGUCCCAGCAUCCCGGGGACAGGCGGGCGAGGACAGACGGUGAGCUGGGGCAGCUGCCCCGGUGCGUGCACUCAGCAGCCUCGUGGCGGUGGCAGGUCACCCCAGAUCGUCCGCCAGCAGCGCCGGGCAGCCAACAAUGCCGGGCGGUAGCGUGUUGGCGCUGGCGCUGGCGCUGCGCCUGCUCCUGCCCUGCGCCGGGCAGCAUCACCGGGAAGAGGCUGAACGCAUCAUGAUGACCACGCCGGUCAUCGACGGGCACAAUGACCUGCCCUGGCAGCUUCUCAAGAGGUUCAACAACCAGCUGGGGCUGCCAGAGGCCAACCUCAUGCUGCUGAACGACACCCACACCAACAUCCCCAAACUGCGCCGCGGGCACGUAGGCGGGCAGUUCUGGUCGGUGUACGUGCCCUGUGACACGCAGAACAAGGACGCAGUGAAGCGCACGCUGGAGCAGAUCGACGUGGUGCACCGCAUGUGCCAGCUUUACCCUGAGACCUUCGCCUGCGUUGUUGACAGCACUGGCAUCCAGCAGGCUUUCCAGAGCAAGAAGGUGGCCAGCCUCAUCGGGGUGGAGGGCGGCCACUCCAUCGACAGCAGCCUGGGUGUCCUGCGCACCUUCUACCACCUGGGCGUCCGCUACAUGACCCUCACCCACAGCUGCAACACCCCUUGGGCCGACAACUGGCUGGUGGACACCGGGGACGAGCCAGCCGUGCACCAUGGCCUCUCACCCUUCGGGAAGAUGGUGCUGGAGGAGAUGAACCGCCUGGGCAUGAUCGUGGACCUGGCCCAUGUCUCAGUGGAGACAAUGAAGGUUGUGCUGAGCCUCUCCAAAGCCCCUGUCAUCUUCAGCCAUUCGUCCGCCUACACGCUCUGCCCGCACCGCCGCAAUGUGCCUGAUGAUGUGCUGGCAAUGGUGGGUGCCACAGGCAGCCUGGUGAUGGUCAACUUCUACAAUGAGUACGUGACCUGCGCGGACAAGGCCACGCUGGCUGAUGUUGCAGACCACAUGGACCAUGUGAAGAAGGUGGCUGGUGUCCAGUGCGUUGGCUUCGGCGGGGACUACGAUGGGGUCACAAGGGUCCCCACUGGCCUGGAGGAUGUCUCCACAUACCCCGCACUGGUGGCUGAGCUGCUGGCAAGGAACUGGACGGAGGAAGAGGUGAAGGCGGCCCUGUCCCUGAACCUGCUCCGCGUCUUCAAGAAGGUGGAGGAGGUGAAGAUGAGCCUGCAAGGCAUGGCUGCCCGUGAGACUCCCAUCGCCUUUGAGGAGCUGGAGGGGACGUGCAGGACCAGCUAUGGGUACAGCAACGGUGCUGGCACAGCCCAACUCCUGCCGGCAGCCCUGGUGCUGGCGCUGGCCCUGCUGCGCUCCCUGCUCCCCUAGCACCCGGCCCCCCGCCCUGCUGCCCCUUCCCACCUGCACCACGAGCGACAUAAAGCUGUGCUUCGAGCACUGCUGGCAGCACACAUCCGUGCUGGGGCCCUGCGGGGACCACCGGCCCCGUUGCCCUGCUCCCAGCGGGAGGCUAUGAGCCACCCUGGCACAUCACCGGCCACGCCAACACCCUGCCAGCUGCCCCAGUGGGUGCCCACCCCGGGACAGCGGGAAGCAGUAACCGCACCAGGGGAGCGACACAUCACCGCAACACGCGGCCAAGGUGGCUGUAGGGCUGCCUCCACAGGAUGCUUACACUAAUAAUUAGCUAAUUAAUUGCCUACUCAA